AUGCAAAUGUAAGUUAGUGAGGAAAAGCCUUCAAGCAAUCUUAUCAUCAAAAUGCCACCAAUAUAGUAUUCACCAUUCAUCGAGACGAGUCAGCAAUUAUCAUUUCCUGAUCAAUUUAAUCAAGUUGAGAUGGCAUAUGGAGAUAGGGACAGAUUUACUGAUUAAUUAAAUGGAGUUCCUGAUAAUAAGGAUUUCAAACUAAAUAAUAACAAAUCUUUACCGACACAGAAUCAAGAAUCAAGCUGCCCACCACAAUCCUUUAAUAUGGAAGGAAGUUUGUUUUUCAGACUUAAGCACCCCUCACUUUAAAACCACUCUCUAAUCACUGGUCCUGCCUUAAACGACAAUCUUAAGCGAACCUUGACCUCGUUGAUUACUUAAUAAAGAAUUCCAACCAUAUAGGAGUGGUUUUCUUUCUUGAGUCCAGAGGACAAGCACUUAAGUUUAAGUCUUGUCAAUCAAAGAAUCGUAGAUCAUUUAAUUAAAAUGAUACUCAAAAUUAGAAAUAAAGGUCAAGGAUUAUUCAAAUUAGAGUAGAUAAAAAGAAUUCCUAGAUUUCGUAAGAUUUACUUGGAGUACUCAAUAGCUGGAGUAGAACAAAUUCUCUAAUUCCACCCGGGUUAAUACUCUAACUAUCAAACCUUCAAUAUUUUAAGAUAAAUUGGAUAUUUUGAGCAAGAUAAAAGCUAAAAGCUAGUAACCUUAUUGCUCAAAGAGAAUCAGUUGAUUGACCAAUCUAACAAACUCUAUGAAAUUAUUUUUCAGUUGAAAGCUAAUUACUACUAGGACCCAAAUAUGUCAAGAGAAUAAAUAUUCUUAGUUCUCAAAAGCUCCCAUUGUCUCAGUGCCACUAUACUACUUGCUCUGUUUGAAAAUUAGGAUGCCAGCUACUUCACUUCAGAGCUCUGCUUAACAUCAAUAAACAAAGUAGAUUCAGAUUUAUUUGAUGUUGAAAGGGACUUCAUAAAUUUAGUAGUGGAGUAAUUCAAAGGGUCGUUAAUACUAAACUAGAGGACUCUGAAAAAUCAAAAGAAGAAAAAUAAACGCAAACAGAAGAAACUUGAUGCUAAAAAUUAAUAACAACAAUAGAAGCAAUAAUAAGAUGGGUAAUAAGCAAGUUGCAUAAGAAAAUAAUCACAGAGUCACAUACCAGUUACUGAAAGAAUAAAAAAAGCCCAGAUCAAUGAGCUCAACAAAGAUGAGAUUAACAAUCUUUUAGAAGAUAUUAUCAAUGAAAUAGAGGAAAAUAAGGACGAAACAAAAUUGAAAGAUAAUAAAGAAGACAAAGACCACUCUUAAUGUUAUGACGUUUUUAGUGAAGAUAAUUUCAAUCUUUUCUAACUCCUAGAGAUGAAUACUGACUUGCAUGAAGUUGAGUAAACCUAAGGAAGAGAGAGAAUUGAUAGACUAGAAAAGAUAAGUGCAUUUAGUGACUCUACAGAAGACAUCUUAGGCAACUUCUCCUCUGAAACCUUUAAAAACUAACUAAAGUCACCCUAAGCUUCAACUAAUACAGAGAUUGAGUUGACAAUGAGAAAGAAUCUUUUUUCAUCAGAUGCAGGUGAUAGUAGUAUAUAACUUUAAAAGUAGUUUUCUGACUUCUACAUGAAAGACAGUAGUCAUUAGAAUAUUGACAAUAUUAAUCAGACUAAGACUAAAGAAUCUCUUGAUAAUAUAGCCAUUGAUGUCUCUAUUUCAAAUGAGAAUAUAACUAAACAAGAUGAAAGUAUGAGGAAUCCUAGUUCUAAAAGGAUCCAGCUAUAACUCCCAGCAUCUCCUUCUAGAUAAGAUGUACUUUAGGAGGAAAAAACAUUUUAGAUUAUCAGAUCUUCUCAAAACUUCCAAUAAGAAUAGCAGACAAUUAGAUAAAAUCAAAGAAAUAAAAAGAAGAAGAAAAGAAAGGCUCAAGGAGCAGGCAGCCAAAAUUAUAACUUAAGUCAGCAACAAAAGCAAAUGAAUUCAUUUAUAAGGGGAAUUCACAACCAUUAUGAACAAGAUGAUUAUGACGAUUAUGGCCAAGAAGAGGCUGAUUAUCAGGACCAAUUUUCACUUUAAAAGGGCUAAUUAGAAGAAUAGAAGCAAAGACCAAUAUAUGUCAAAAAAGGAAAUAAUGGUAAUUAAGGUAGCCCGACUGAUGAAACUAUAGAGUUGACAAAAUCCCAGAGUACAAGUCUUAAGUAUCAGGAGUUAAUAAACUAAUAGAAUUUUUUCACUCCUAUUGAUAAUUAAAAGAAAAAGAAAUCGUUUACAAAAGCUAAAAAGACCACUAACAGUGGCUGGGAAAAGAAUAACAAAAAAAAGUCAGGUAAAAGCAAAAAUACUAGUCAGCAGUAAAAUCAUCAGCAUUCGAAGUAAUCAAGCUAUGACUAAUAAGCUUAUAAUUAAAACAUGGGCUAACUUCAAUCUAGAUCACUUAGUAUGUAUGAUAGUCCAUAUCACCCGAUUGAUCCUAUCGGAUUCAUCAACGGACAAAUAGACAUAGAUGACAUCAAACAGCUCCUGUAAAAGAAUAUUAUCCAGGAUAUUAUUGCUUAGCAGUAAUAGCAAAAUUAAUUAUCAAUGUAAAGAGCUUAUAGCGAGUAGUAUGUUUACAAUUAGAGACAGGAUUAGAAUGAAGCAGAUGAUGAAUAUGAUGAGGAGGAUAAAGAGCAGAGAACGAUUGAGUAAUUCUUUGACAUGCUUGAAAGUUAAAUGAUUAUGUUCCAGAAGAGUGUUGAGAAAAAACUUGAGUCAGUGAGAAAGGAAAGAGAAGAGGCUAUAAAGAUUAUAAGAAGAAUAGUCGAAGGAUUAUAUUAGCAAGAGAGAAAUAGUGUUACUAUCAAGUAAUACGGAUCAAUGGCUAGCAAUCUCGCAAUUGAUAGUAGUGAUGUUGAUCUUGCUGUGGUCGGAUUGGAAUUUUGUGGUAACAAAGAUACUUAGAUAUACCAUAUGAGAAGGUUAAUAGAACAAAUACAACUGCACAUGAAAAAAUACACAAAAAUCUAAUUCAUAGAUUAAGCAACAGUUCCAGUAAUCAAACUAGAAAUUGAUUUAGCCUAUAUUGCUAAAAACUUAGAAAGAAAUCAGAAAAACGAUUUUGCAGUAGGCGGAGCUUAACGCAAUAUAAUUGAUGAAUCAAUGAGAAAAUUAGGCGUAGAUAUAACUUUUGAUGACACAAAGCCAAAGCAGCACUUUUAUGGCUAAUUCGUAGAAAACAACUCCAGAAUUAAUUUGGGCGUAAGGUGUAUUAAUUUCAUCAAAGAGAGCUGCAAGAAUUAGUCAGGGCUCCAAACAAUAGUGCUUGUGCUUAAAAAACUCCUUCAGAUAAACAAUCUCAACCAAACCUUCACCGGAGGCCUAAACUCAUAUUCAAUUGUACUGAUGACUUCAGCUUACCUGCAGCAAUUCGAAGGAGUGAGUCAAAUGUCAAUGAAUCUGAUGGAGUUCUUUAACUUUUAUGGCUCUUUUUACGACCCCAAGAACACAAUAAUAUCUAGCCAUGUAGCUCCUCACUUUAUUAAAUCUCAACACAUAUUAAACGAACAUAUGAUCAUAAUAGAUCCCUUGGAUUCAGGUAACAACCCUUCAAAAGGAGCAUACUAAAUAAGUAAGAUAUAAGAGAUAUUCAAAGUUGCUCACAGCAUUCUCUCAGAGUGUUUAAAUUUAUUUAAACAUGAUCAGAGAGAGAUUGACAUAAUGCAGCUACUAAUGAGAAGGACAGAAAGUCUUAAUACAUUCGGAAUCAUUUGA